GGGGUCUAGGGGGUUUAGGGUAAAAAAACCGAUUUUACCCGUGAUAAUUUUUGAUCAAAGCAUGCAAAUUAUUACAAUUUUUGUGUUUUUUUGGCGUCUUUAUUUGUCUCAGUGCUUGAAUUUGUAGGUUAGUUGCCGUGGGUGCGCUGGGCUUAAUUGAUGUAGUGGUUUGGGUUGUUAUUUUUGGGUAGUGUUUGAACUGGUGGCUGUAGAAGUGCCGAGAUGCCUGGUGGUGGCCGUAGCCAGCCGGUGUCUGUGCACCACGCAGUGGUGGAGAGGCCGGCCCCCGGCUCACUGCAGCAGCCGCACCUGACUGAGGACACCCUGAUGAAGAUGCCAGUCACUGCCAUUGGCAUGGAUAAGGGUGACCAGCCUGAGACACCUCACCAGCAUCUUGGACAGCAGCAGCAACAAAUGGCUCUCAUGCCAGCCAAUGAUGCCGUCAGUCUACUGCUGCCGGCUGGCCUCAGCUCCAUUUUCUGUCGGUCUGGCCCGCCGUCCGCACCGCCAGUUCCUCAAUCCCCGUCGGCGCCGCAGACUCUGGAGGGGCGCAGUCUGCAGCCGUACCCGCGGAACCUGCUUCAGAUCGUCAGUGAUCGCCGCGGCGCCGUCCCCGUUCCCGCUCCGGCCCCCGACCGUUCCCCGGGCAGGACGGACACGGCGGAGAUGGGGCCGACAUCAGAACCGAACGGCGCGCCGCACUCCGUAAAAGCGGCGAACGGCGACUCCCACUCCGGUGCCGCUCCCGCCUCAGCCCCGGAAUCGGCGACCCCGAAACAGACUAGUCGGGGACAACUGGAGGUCAUCGAGGAGUGUAUCGUCCCAGCUCUGAGCAGUACCCCGUUGAUGUCUACCCCGCCGGCGCCGUCCUCACCGCCGCUGUCUCCUGCGGAAGAGGUGCUGCCCCCGGCGGUCCUCCAGGCUCAGCGAGCGGCGGAGACCGGCUGCAGUCCGGAAACAUUCCUCCCGCAACACACGGCGCCGGCUUCUCACAAUGUCCACGUGAAAUCGGCGGCCCACCACCCGAGCGAUUCGGAGGCCCCUCGGGGCGUGCAGGCUGACAGCGGCGCGCGCUCAGACGCCUCCACGGUGACUGCCGAGAGCGGCGCGCCGGACGGCGGAGCUGUGGACGAGGACGAUGACCGUCUGUCGGUGGUGUCAGCUGAGUCCAGCUGGUCGGACAUCAGCGGCUUUGAGGAGGACCUGUGGAGACUCCGCAGCGUGCUGCGAGACCCCACCGCGCCGGUGGAGGCCGGAGGUCCGGUCCCGGGUCCGCGCCGACCAGCGCCGGCUGUCUCCGACCGAGUGGUGGCGUCCGAGGAGCAGCAGCAGCUGCAGCUGCAGGUGCACCGGCUGCAGCUGCAGCUGCAGCACGCCAGCCAGGAGCGGCAGCUGUACCGGCAGCAGCUGGAGGCGCUGCAGGGUCAGCUGAGCGGCGGCGGACAGCGGCAGCAACUCGAGGUGCAGCGGCAGAAGGCGCGACUCGAGGGUGUGCUGGAGAUGACGCGCGCUGAGCUCGAGGAGGUGGGCGCUGAGCGCGCCGAGCUGCGCCACACCGUCAGCCGCCAGCAGCUCGAGCUGCGCGCCGCCGCCGCCGGCUCGCUGCGCACCGAGCGGGACGCGCUGGCCGCCGAGGCCGGCCUGCUGCGUGUGCGCGCGCGAGAGCUGGACGCGCAGCUGGCGGAGGCGGCUGGGAAGCUGGAGACGCGUGCCAUCGAGCUGGACGCCGCGCGGGACGAGCUGAAGCGGAGCGAGUCGGCGGCGGCUGCCGAGCGGACGGCGCUGGAGGCGGCGCGGCGCGAGCUGGAGAGCCGGGACGCCACCGUGUCGGCGCUGAAGGCCAAGGUGGCUGAACUGGUGGUGGACGCGCAGCGCCAGCUGCAGGCCAAACUGCGCGCCGAGGGCUCGGUCCAGUCGGCCAACGAGGAGCUCGAGCAGCGGCAGCGCUCCCGCGACUGGUACCGCGCCCAGCUGAAGGCCUCGCAGGAGGCGCGGCUGCAGCAGCAGCAGCAGCUGCUGGCCGCCCAGCAGGAGGUGAUCGCGCAGCAGCACGCCGGCGAGCGGCUGCGCGGCGAGCUGACGCUGGCGCGCCAGGCGGCGGCCGGAGCGCAGGCGCGCGCAGUCCGCGAGAAGGAGACUCUGCUGCGCCACCUGGAGAACAUUCAGGCCGACAUGCUGCAGCGCGAGGCCUUCUUCCAGACGGUGUCGGGCAGCCGGGCGGAGCCGGCGCCCGCCGCCGCCACCGCCGCUGUCCGGGAGCGGGAUGAGGCCGUGGGCCGGACGCGCGCCCUGGAGCUGACCAUAGCUGAGCUGGAGCAGCGCCUGGAGCGGGGUGCUGAGGAGCUGUCCACCGCUGCCGCCGCCCACAAACAGCUGGAGGAGGACGGUCAGAAGACCAGGUUCGCGCUGGCCGCUGCGCAUGAGAAGCUCUCGCAGCAGACGGUUCAGUGCGAGCAGCUGCAGCAGCGCUGUCUGGAGGGCGGCCAGAUGCUGGACCAGCUGCGCGCGCAGGCCAAGGAGGCCGCCGCCGCCAAACAGACACUUAAAGAGGAGAAGACGCGCCUGGAGGUGGCGCUGGCCUCCGCCAACCAGGAGAAACGGGACGUGGAUGAGGCGGCGCGCGGCCUCACCAACGAGCUGAAGAAGGUCUCGGCUAGUUUCUACAAAUUGAAAAACGACGUUGCCACAAAGGAUAAACAAAUCGCGGAACUGAAGGCAUCUCUCAGCGGCCGAGAGAGCGAACUCCGAACUGCCAACGAUAAACUGCAGGAGACCAGUAAACUGAAACUGCAAACGGAACAGAUGACGGACAAAAUGAACAUCUUUGGCACCAUGAACGAGCAGAACAAACAGCUGAUGGUGCAGAACCACGAGCUGCGCUACAAGGUGCAACAGCUGACGCAGGACCGCAGCGUGCUCGAGCAGGGCCGUCAGAAGCUGGAGGAGGUGGUGCGUGGGCUGCAGCAGCAGGCCAAUGAGGCGGCGCAGCAGCACGCGGCCGCCGCCGAGACGGUGAAACAGCGGGACGCCAGGAUCCGAGAGCUGGAGGAACAACAGGAGAAGGCGCAGCACGAGCUGGCCGUGGUCAAGACGUAUGCCAAGAGUCUGCACCGCGAGUCCAGCCAGCAGGAGGAGGAGAAGGGCUCGAUUAAAUCCCCAGAGGCCGUUACUGCUGAGGUCGCGUCUCCAUCUGAGGAAAGUCCGACUCCGGGGACGGCCGAUCAGAGCAGCAAGCAACAGCAGUCGGCGGAGUCUGCCGAGCUCGAGUCGCUGCGCCGCCAGCUCAGUCUGCUCGCCCUGGAGAACCGGGAGCUGGAGCGGCGACUGCAGGAGGCCGAGGCUGCUCCGCGGCUCCGACAGGAGCACGCGGCGCUGGCGGCGCGCGUGGCCGACCUCAGCGACCAGCUGCAGCGCGCCCGAGCCGCCGACUCUGCGCAGUGCCGCCAGCUGCAGGAGCAGCUGCAGCUCAGCCAGACGCGGAACCGGCAGCUGCAGCAGCAGCUGGCCGCCGCCGGUCGGCCGGAGGGUGUGCCCGCGCCGCCCACCUCCCCUCCGGCGGCCGGCGGGGGCGCGCUGGCCGACCAGCUGGCCGCCGCCCAGGCCGCCUACAAGGAGCGACACCGCUGCUACCAGUCCAACAUCCGCGUCCUCACCCGCAAACUGCGCGAGUACAUGCGCGCGCUGAAGACGGCCGAGCGGGAGCUGGCGGAGCGCCGCGCCGCCGCUGCGCCGGUGCCGGCCGAGGCGGGUCUGGCGGCUGUGGAGCGGGAGGAGGCGGCCGCGCAGCUGCGGCGCGAGCUGGAGACGGCGCGACGGGAGACGCAGCGGGCCGAACAGGAGGCGGAGCAGCUGCGCGGAGCGGCAGCCGACGCCCAGCUGCUGCAGCUGGAACUGGAAAAGGAGCGCGGCAGACUCGAGGGCAUGGCCCAGUCGUACACGGCACUGCAGGCUCGCGCCGCGGAGCUGGAGGCGCUGCUGGCCGGAGCUGAGGAGCAGCGUCAGACGGAGCGCCAGCAGACGCCGCAGCAGCAGCAGCACCGGCUGCAGGAGCAGCUGGAGCUGGCCGAGCAGCGGCUGCAGCAGGAGCAGCUCGAGGGCCGGGAGCUGCGCAGACAGUUGUUCGCCGAGCGCCGGGAGGUUUCCGGUCUCCGGCGGGACCUGGUCAGUCUCCAGGCCGGCCUGCAGACCGCUGAGGACCUGGCUGCCAGUCGUCAGACCCAGAUCACUGAGCGGCAGGCGGCUCUGGAGGCCGCUCAGCGGGACCUGGCCGCCGCGGCCGGCCAGCUGACCGAGCUGAAGGCGGCGUGUGAUAGCAGUCAGAGGCAGACGGCCGAGCUGCGGCGGCAGGCGGAGCAGAGCGCCGCCAACGACCCCGUGUUGGCCCAGCAGAUCAAGACCCUGAGCGGCCACCUGCGGCAGAAGGGUGCCGAGCUGACCGGUCUCCGGGAGCAGGCGGCGCUGGUCGAGCAGCGCCACGAGACGGAGCUGCAGGGACUGCGCAGCUCCCUGCAGGCGGCUGGAGACGAGCUGCGCCAGCUCAGCGCAGCUCUGGACGCCACGCGCGAGGAGAAGUUCGCGCUGCAGGCGCAGGUCACCGAGCUGAGGGCCGCCCUGCAGACCAGCAGCACGCAGGUCAAGGCUCUGAGCGGCGAGGUAGUCGAGCUGCAGCGCUCGGCCCGGCUGCCCCAGCUGCCGGCUCCGUCGCCGGUGGAUGAGGAGCACAUCGGCCGCCUGCUGGCUCAGAGCGCGGGCAGUGCCGAGCCCCGGCCGCUGCACCAUCUGCAGGCGUGCCUGAGGUCUCUCAAACAGGAGAUGACGGCCCUGCAGAGUCAGAUCGGCCGAGGGGACAGCAGGAGCACAGGGACCGUCCAGGCGACUUCAAUGGUCGACAACUAUCCGCCAGUGAAUGCUACCAGUCCGACACAGCACACCCAGGCGAGCACUAACGGGAAUGUAUCACCGGAGCACAGCAUGGAGCACACGGUGCCGUCAUCUGGACACUCAGUACCAACACCAGGACACUCGGUGGUAUCAUCGGCAACAGCGUCACCGGGACACUCAGUGACGUCACCAACACACUCAGUGACGUCACCAGAAUACUCAGUGACGUCAUCCGAGCAAAAUUCAGCGUCACCGGAACACAGCGUAUCGCCACUAGUCCACCCGAUCGCGUCACUGGAGCACACAGUAACACCACCAGAGUAUUUCAUAUCUUCAUCGGAACACAACGUACCUCCGGUGGCAGAAGCCUCGUCACCGAAUAUCACUCCAGCAUCGCUUCCACCUUCAUCGCCGUCAGCACCUUCGUCUCCGGAGCGAACUAUCCCCAGCUCUGACGGCGUUUCCAACGGCGGCUGGCGUCCCGUCGCCGACGGAGAUGCCGCCGCGGCCGUGGACCGAUUCCUGGAGACGACCAAACUGCCGGAGCCCAGAGCCGGCGCGGGAGGAGGCGCCCCGAACGGGCCGCUAACUGAGGAUAGUCUGAGACUGAGGUCCUACUUUACGGAGGCGGGUGGCGAGCGGCCCCCGGUCGCGGCUGCGGCCCUCCCGACACGAUCCGAGAAGGAGACGGACGUGUGAGCGUGCCCGGUGGCUGAUAGAAGGGCCAGAGGAGCUCGGGACCGGAGGUCGUUACGCCCUUGGUUAGCAGAAGAGUUAGAGGAUCGUGUGGGUCCACGUUAGGUCUGUGAUCUAGCUGACAGGGUCCCGAGUCUCGCUCAGAGUAUUGUAGCAGCUGCUGCUGUAUUUAACGCCAGUUUAGCGCACAGUUGGGCUCAUGGACGGCUGUCUGUGCUGAAUUAGCUCAGCGGGGUGCUGAAGUAUUAUUCCGCUGAGUCGGUGCUUUUCUCAGCCGCCGGUGCGUCCGGGCUUUAUUUCCAGCUUUACUAGGAUGGUUGUGGGCCAACGAAUUCGCUGCUGAUAUUGAAGUAUUUAGCCUUAUAUGCAAGUGCAUUGUGUGUAGGCACUGUUCCAGCAGGCUGCUGAUUGCUGGACCGCUAGUUUGUGUGUGCGCGGGGUCCAGUGUUUAUCCAGGGGCCCGUGCCGUCUCGGCCGUUUGGUGCGGGCCGGCGGGCGGCACGGACGGCCGUGGGUGACCCGUGACAUGACCUGGGGUCAGCGCGUGCUGUGUGGGGCCGGUGGUGGGGGCGCUCUAUUACGGUGGCUGGCCCGUCGCUUCGUCUCAGGUGGAUAUUUAUGGCUUUGGAGUGGGGAGUGUGCCUUGCGUUAUUUUAGUGAUCCGCUUGUGAUUUGAUCAAAUCGCCUUAUUUUUAAAUAGCUUAUUUUAUAAAUAAGAUUAGUGUGUUAUCUGAGUUGUUUUUAUUUAUACCACACGAUAUAUUAUAUAUUAUCACUUGUUAAAUUAGUGCAAGUCAAUCGGACUUCCAUUAUUCCUUUGGUGAUAGAGAUUGGCUUCCGCGAUCAUAUGCACAAGGGGACCCGGCGAGUAGGUUGGCGGGUUUGCGGUGUUAAAUUCAGCAUAAUCUGGCGGCUCUGAGGGCCGGCUUUGAGCAUUGUGCAAUGGCAGCGCUGAGUUGUUACGCUGUUAGCUGAGGUUGUUUUACUGCUGUGGCAAAUAUACGCAUAUAGUUUGAGCUCUGAA